AUGGACUCUUUCAAUUUGUUUCAAUCACGCACUUUCAAGUUUCUUCUUUCUUUUUCUCUCUUCUGUGUUUUGUUUUCUCUACUUUUUCAGUCCUUAAAGCCAUUCCUUAUACAAUACUACUAUAGCUUCUACACCAUUGACAAGAGUUACAUGUUUCUUCUAAGCAAUACCCUUCUUGCUUUUAUAGCAUUAUGUUCUACCAUAUUCAAUACAUCUUCACCAAACACUCAUGAAAGCAUCGAACAUGUUCUUGACAACGACAAGAGCAAUCAGUUCGAGCCUUACACAACAGAAGCAGAGAUUGCAGAACCAAUUGAUAGUGAUAACAUUUUGGAAACUGAAACACCAAAAGAAGAUGAAGAGGAAAAUAGUUUGAUGAUAGUUGAAGCAAAAGGAGAAGAAAAUGCUCCUAUGAUAACUGAUGAAGAUGAAACGGAGGAAUUGAACAAGAAAUGUGAGGAUUUUAUAAGAAAGAUGAAAGCUACGUUCUGCUAUGAUUCAUAUGCUGAGAAGAGUAAUUAUUAUAAUAAUCAUCAGAAUCAGAGUUCACUUGUGCUUGUUAAUUAG